AUGCUCGUUGGUCUUUUGCGCCCUCUGUUGGCCGUUUGCGGUCUUGUGCAGCUGCGUGUGGCAACUGCUCUCCACUACAACCACAACAACGGGUUUUAUUACCAUGACGUGGGUGACGGCAACAGCAACGGAGAGAUCUAUUUCAACGGAGUACGCCUGUACGUUGAGUCCCCGCAGUCGUCCGUGUCGGCCACCAGGGGCAGCAGCGUCACCCUUCCCUGCCACUUCCACUACGAACCCGAGCUCAGCGCGCCGCGCCGGACGCGGGUCAAGUGGUCUUGGUUGCCCGCCAACGGCGCGCCCGCUCACCCGGUGCCAUCGUCGGCCUUUGCCUCGGAGACGGAGGUCAUGGUCGCCAUGGGCAACCGCCAUCGCAGCUACGGCGGGUUUCGGGGUCGCGUCCGCCUGAGACGUUCGGCGCCCGGCGACCUGUCCCUCGUCAUCAACGAGCUGCGUCUCAACGACACGGGACGGUACCGAUGCGAGGUGAUUGAUGGGUUGGAGGACGAGAGCGUCACCGUGGAAUUGGAGAUGCGAGGGGUCGUGUUUCCUUACUACUCCAACAAAGGACGCUACCGCUUGAACUUCCUGGCAGCCCAGCAGGCGUGUCAGGAUCAGGACGCCACGCUAGCUACGUUCGAGCAGCUCUUCACAGCGUGGGAAGAAGGCCUGGACUGGUGCAACGCCGGCUGGUUGGCCGACGGAACCGUGCAGUACCCCAUCACGGCGCCCCGAGCCGGAUGCGGAGGGUUGGACUUGGCUCCGGGGGUGCGCAGUUACGGGCUACGCCAUCGUCUCCUUCACCGAUUCGACGCCUUCUGCUUUUCGGCUUCCAUCAAAGGCACCGUCUACUUCCUCCAGCACCCGACCAAGCUCAACUUUACAGAAGCGGUCCGGGCGUGCGGUGAGAACUCGAGUCACAUAGCCAAAGUGGGCCAGCUGUACGCCGCCUGGAGGCUCGCCGGAUUGGACCGCUGCGACGCCGGCUGGCUCGCCGACGGUAGCGUCCGCUAUCCUAUCGUCAAGGCCCGCGCUAACUGCGGGCCGCCGGAACCGGGGGUGCGCAGCUUCGGCUUUCCCCCGCGCCAGCAGAAGUUCGGGGUCUACUGUUAUCGGUAG